AGCCACGUGUCCGCGUAUGACAUACCACGUUACGGGGAAAAAGUUGCAGCCGAGGAUGAGAACAUUUCAGUGUAAGAAGGGAUCGAAUGGCACGACACCAUGCGAUUAGGUCUUAGCAGCGGCUAUUUUACAAAAGAAAUAAGAGCAAACAUAAACCUGCCACCCUAAUGUUUUAAUUUUAUAGGCUUCGUGUAGCCAGUACAGCCAUGCAAUCUGGUUUGAGACCAAUCAGGACUUUGUAGGAAAAAAGAGAACGAUUUUACGUUUUUAUUGUAUGUGUUAUAUCCGUAACCGAAUUUUAACAUUGCAGAUCGGGAGUUAAUUAAAAUACCGGGGGAUCCCAGCUAUAUUAGGAUACGGCUGGCCGCUUUGAGAUCCCUGUGCUGAGCGGUAUUUUGGCGGCUGCCCGUCCGUGAUCCGCAGGGAAGCAUGAGGAGCACAGCCCGGACCUGCACGCUGUGAAACCAACUCGGCAAGAGAAAAACAAGGCGGAGAAUAAGGGGACAGGCGCCGCUGCGCUCCUGCUCACGACCAUGGACCCUGACAAGCAAUGCAACGUGUCUAAAAAAGCAAUAAUUGCAAAGAUUUUCAAAGUUCGCAAGAGGAGAGAAAUGCUCUUUAUGCAGGUCUGCUUCAUCUGCAGUGUCCUCUUCGUGGCGUGGUGCAUGUCAAUCCUGAUGGCCAAAACAGGUCAUGGACUGUUAAUUGAGGGGGGCUCACGGCAGCCCUGGGGGCGGAAAUUAAUGGCCAUGAUGGAGGACAACGACACCGAAGAAGCGAAGAACUGCACCGAGCCAGCUAUCCACGAGUUUCCCGCAGACCUGUUCACCAGCCGGGAACGCAAGCAGGGAGCCAUUUUGCUGCACAUUAUUGCGGCACUUUACAUGUUCCUGGCCCUGGCCAUCGUCUGUGACGACUUCUUUGUGACGUCACUUGAGAAGAUCUGCGAGAAACUUCACAUGAGUGAGGAUGUGGCUGGGGCCACGUUUAUGGCGGCAGGAAGUUCAGCUCCAGAACUUUUUGCCUCUAUCAUAGGUGUCUUUAUUACCCAUGGAGACGUAGGAGUUGGCACGAUCGUUGGCUCUGCCGUCUUCAACAUCCUCUGCAUUAUUGGCGUGUGUGGGAUCUUCGCUGGCCAGGUGGUGUAUCUCACCCGCUAUGCAGUGUUCCGUGACUCUCUCUACUACACCCUGUCCGUGGUGGCUCUGAUUGUGUUCAUCUAUGAUGAGAAGAUUGUGUGGUGGGAGAGUCUGGUGCUGGUGGUGAUGUACCUGGGAUACAUUGUGAUCAUGAAAUUUAACUCACGUAUACAGGAAUACUUCACAGGGAAAGAGGAUAAGCACAUCGCCAACGGUAACACAGUCAGCAACGAGCUGGAGGAUGUGAAGCCCAGCAAAACGUACAGCCGAGGCUCUGUGGUGAUGGUGGAUGAGAUCAUGAACUCCAGUCCCCCGAACUACCGUUUCCCAGAAGCCGGCCUGCGUGUCAUGAUCACCAACCGCUUCGGACCCAAGACACGCCUCCGCAUGGCAAGCCGUCUCAUCAUCAACGAGAGGAUGGUCCAGGCCACAAAUGGCGUUGAAGCUGCUGUCGUGGAUGGAAAACCUGAAAUCGAGAAUGGCACGGUGGUAGAGGACAAGCAGCCCGAGGAAGCUGAGAAUGAGCUGUCCUCCCCGUUCAUCUGGCCAGGAGGUGCCAUGAACAGGGUUAAGUGGCUCAUCUCCUGGCCUCUGCUGGUGAUUCUCUAUUUCACUGUGCCAAACUGCGCCAGGCCACGCUGGGAGAAGUUCUUCAUGCUGUCCUUCAUCCUGUCAACACUCUGGAUUGCUGUCUUUUCCUACUUCAUGGUGUGGAUGGUGACGAUAAUCGGUUACACUCUCGGAAUUCCAGACGUCAUCAUGGGCAUCACCUUCCUGGCUGCCGGGACCAGCGUUCCUGACUGCAUCGCUAGCCUCAUUGUGGCUCGACAAGGCUUAGGGGACAUGGCCGUGUCCAACACCAUUGGCAGCAACGUUUUCGACAUCCUGGUGGGACUGGGUGUUCCGUGGGCGAUUCAGACUAUGGCUGUCAGUUACGGCUCUGAGGUGCAGAUAAACAGCCGGGGGUUGGUGUAUUCAGUAGUGCUGCUGCUUGGCUCCGUAGCCCUCACUGUUUUGGGAAUCCAUGUGAACAAGUGGAGGCUGGACCUAAAGCUGGGGAUCUAUGUGCUGGUGAUGUACGCCAUCUUCCUCUGCUUCUCCAUCAUGAUUGAGUACAACGUCUUCACAUUUGUCAACUUGCCCAUGUGCCAGGAGUAACCGUCGGACAUGUAGAAACUGUAAUAUAAUCCCUACGAUAUUCUCGCUGUUUACUUCUCCUACAAAAUAUACGAUCUUCGGAUUGGGCCAUCAAAUUUUUCUUCGUUCGUUCCAAGACCUCAGCUUGAUCUGAAGCAAACCUCAAAGAACUCUACACUAAGGAGACUCGUGAUCCAGGGCAUCCUGCUGUUUUGAUCCUCCUCUGUUCCUUUAAUUUCCUCUAUCACUCCUCGUCAGAAUGAUUGUAUUUCAAUCUGACAGCUCCGUCAGACUUGCGUCAGGAAUCGAGGGUUUUGAAAUAUCUUUCCCGCAAGUCAUCAUGUGCGCAUAGAUUUUUGUUUAUUUUUAAUUAGCUUUUUUUGGAAAUGGUAAAAAGAAGUUAACCAAACAUGUCCAAUAAACAUGUUGCACUUUAGAAAUAGGCUUGUUGAAAGAUAUAAAACCAGAUUUUAUAAGAAACUGCCUGGGGAAUGUUCCAGAUUAUUUUCCCGGCUUGGUGCAAUAAGGGGACAGCAGAGAGAUUUUGGGGUUAUUUCUUUCGGCGUCGCCAUAAGGAGAAGUAAUCCGGGGGUCAUUCUGUAUUCUCUCAAGCAGUAUGAACCAAACUGCACUAGCAACGGUGCAUGACAGAAAGAUAUCUUAUCUCACGUGUCUUUGUGUGCGUGCCUAGGAGAGGGUGUGACGUUCCUUUUUGUGUCUGUUUCGUGUGUGUGUGUGUGUGUAUACACGCAUAUAUAUAUAACGUCAGUGUGCAUGUGAUAUUCAAAGUUCUCUGCACUCAGCUGCACAGCCAACCCGAUAGGAUGGUGAGAAAUGGAGAAUGGGUGGCCUCUUUCUUUCCAAAGGAAGCUGGCGGGUUUUGUGCACUGAUGUUCCGUAGUUCCAUCCAGUUUCUGUUUCUGCAUGGGGAUCUGCUCCCCCUCUCUCCAUUGAACUGAAGCGUCUCUGCUUCGCCCUCGUCGCUGGCAUCAGUCCGGUGCACCGGCAUGUGCUCAGAAACGGCGCAGCUGGAGGGGAGUCCCAGUGCAUCCUGGGAAUCUCGGGGUGUCACCACAUGAGAGGAACCUCCUCAGGCUUUUCAUGGCCGAACGGCCGUCUGGUUUCUCUCAUUCUCCCAGUCCUCAUGCUGGAAAGGGGUGUUUGGCGAACAGGGCAGAGCACAUGAGCCUAGAGGUUCUGGAAAAAUGUAUGAACUGCUCCUGGUGGUGGGGGGGGGGGAGGGGGGUCUCUGAGAGCACAGACGUCCCUGCCACAGUUGUGGUGGUCGUCAGCGAAGGGGAAAGCCGUGUCAGAACUGCCAGACGAAGACGAAAACUGCUGCAUGUUCCUGCAUUGUAAACUGCAUCUAUAUAACGAGGCUUGACAUGUUGACAUGUUGACAUGUUGCAGUCGUCGCGUUUGGAAACAGUGCUUCCUUCUGCCAGGUGGGGGCUACAUAGGCCCGGGCAGAUUCUUAUUUCCCCGAAGGGGGGGUUCGCUGAGGACUCUCGGCUUUAGCCCUUGGUACCCCUUUCCAUCCUGUGGGAUCUAUGUCCCAGAAACUGGCAGCUACGCAUUUCUGUGCAAUUAUGCAGGAGCCCCUGCUAGAUGCUGGGGGGGUUGGGGGGGGGGGCACUGAGUCAUUGUGUCUAUGUCCGUGGUGAAAAUGUGGGUGUCGGUGUCCGUGUUAAUAAGCACCCGUCUCUUAUGUCUGUGUCAAAAGGCAGGUGUUGCAGUGCUAGUAUAUGCAAUUUCAAUAAGUACAGCCCUGUUGUUGGUUUCCAGGGAAACGGCGGUAUAUGCAUUAUAAGUAAUUACCCUUGGGUUCUAGAGGUGAUGGAAGUAUCUCACUCACUCCACCACACAUGUGCACAUGACUUCACACGCAGACGCACACAUGCCACACACAACCCCCUCAAUUCUGUUCACAGACCAGACGCCAUUUUUCCUAUUUUGCACGCUAAUGGGGUACAGAGGAGUCGUGCGUAUGAGGUAAUGAGUUCACUGAUUUCUUCAGGGAACAGAUUAUAUUGUACUGCUCUAAAGAGUUUUGCGGCUAUGAUCUAGCCUUGUUCAAUAGAACAUUUAGCAGGUGUUAAAGAGAGCUGCUAAAAAGCAUUACAGAGUAAUAACACACUCUGAAAGCGGAUUCCGAACAAGGGCAUUACUCUCACAAUACUGAAGCUGUAAACUGAGUGCAACUGUUCUGGCAAUGUGAAAGCCUUGAAUUGUGUAACUUUUAUCCUUUUCUAUAAUCACAAAAACUGGAAAAAUAACUUUUUUAUUGUUGUAUACUUCAUUCUGUACACAAUACGCUGGGCCCCAAACUAGCAACCUAAUGAGAGAUGACCCAGAAGGUUCCAUCUGAUGUGUGUGUUUCCAGGAGGUUGCCACAUUUGACCCACACUUCACUAUUAAACCAGUGUUCACUCUCCUUCCUGAUCAGUAUCUCUUUGUAAAUUUUAUUGGAUGUUUUUGGAAAAAAAUCCAUUUUGUGGUUAUAUUUUAUUGGUUACUCUGUGAAUGGGAGGAGUUACUUGUUUUAGUUUAUAAAUGGAAAAAAUGCAUGGUACUUACUUUUUUACUCUUCUUUGUGCAAAGUAGCACUGAGAAAUGUGGCCAUGUUGCUUGAGCAUUUUACGAUGGUCACAUGCACACUAUACACAUAUUUUUCAUACCUCUUUAUUAAGUCACUUUUCUAAACAAUGAACGCAUUUCUGUAAUUUAUACAGGCAUAAAUCUACACCUGUCUGACAUAUUCUGUAGAAGGAAACACGCACACAUUUACAUAUGGGCACACCUACAGAAACGAACAUACAAGAGUGUUGAAUGUGACCUAAUUCACUGUGAAUGCAAAAGUGAUGUGGGCUCAUUCAUCAAAUAUAAAUACGUGGAUAUAUAAAAUAUAGUUGCUAUGAAACCAACUGAAGACAUCUGUGUUUAACUUAUAUGAAUGUAUUGUCUUGCUAUCAAUGGAUGUAUCCAACCAAUGCAUUUUACUGUAAAGCAAUAAACAAAGUCAUAUGGAAAAAUUA